AUGGCUGCCAUCAACGACACCGCGGCCAAGAAUGGGAAGCGAGAUGUCUCUUCUUAUCAUGUAGAGCAAGAUGCAGACGCUGACGGCGACCUGAAGCACACCGAUGCUGCCAUAGAUGCUGCCACCAAGGGUCAGGCCCUGACUGGCUACGAGCACCUAUCUCUGUGGGAAACUGCCAAGAUGUUCAAGAUCUGCGCUGCUUGCUGCUUUGCAGCAGCCUUCAGCGGAGGAAACGAUGGUUACCAGAUUGGCAUCAACGCCAGUAUCAUUGUCAACAAGGGUUUCAUUGAGCAGUUCGCCACAGCCGUCGAUGCCAAGGGCAAGAAGUAUCACACUUCGCCUAUCCUGAGUGGCUGGAGCUCUAUCAUGUCCGUCGGUCAGGUCAUUGGUACCGUCUCCAUCUCGUUUGUCUUGAACCGGUUUGGCCGUAAGGCUGCCAUGUACUGGAUCUGGAUUGUUCUCGUUGCCAGUGUGCUCGCGGAAAGCCUCUCCAGGACCUGGCAGGUCUGGCUUAUUGGCAAGUUGCUCGCUGGUAUUGGUGUUGGAAGCUUGCAAGCUACCCUUCCUACUUAUAUUGCCGAGAUCUCCCCUGACCGUAUCCGCGGUGCGCUUUGUAUGCUCUACCAGUUCUGGUGGACUGUUGGUUCCUUCUUUGCCCAGAUCGCCUUGAGGGAGAUUGAUGUCAAGACGCCUAUGAAUUGGCUUACCCCAGUCUAUACGCAAUGGGGCCAAAUUGGUGUCAUGGCCAUCAUUUUUCUUGUGAUUCCGGAGACUCCUCAAUGGUGCGUCGCAAGGGGCCGUGAAGAGCAAGCGAAGAAGUGCAUCCGGACGCUACAUUGGGACAUCCCCAACUACGAUGUGGACCGUCACUAUCGGCGCCUUGUUCUAUUACUCGACCAUGAGAAGCAAGUGGCUGAGGAGCAACGCAGACAACACUGGUGGGCUAUUUUUACUGGAACCGAUGGUCGUCGCACUUUCAUUUCCCUGUGGCCCUCCCUAGCUCAGCAGUUCAUUGGUCUCAAGCUUUUUGGUACCUUUGCUACUUACUUCUUUCAGCAGGCCGGUGUAGGAGAUCCCUUUACUAUCAAGUGCAUUACUACAUCCAUCAAGAUUGCUACUGUACUGGUUGCGAUCUCGGCUACUGACACUAUCGGCCGUCGACUGAUGGCCUGCGGUGCAACUACAUUAUCUUGGGUCUGCUGCAUUGUCGUUGGUAUCCUCGGCGUGGUUCCGGAUAAUAGUGCCCGGACUUAUGUCUUCGUUGCUUCCGCAUGCUUAUGGAAUGUCGGCAUGGUUGCAGUCGGUGCGGCCAGUUCUGCCUCUCUGGGUGAAAUCUCGUCACAGCGUCUUCGACCUUAUACUGCGGGUUUCGCUAUGGGGUCUAGCUGUGUUGUUGGCAUUAUCAUGGAUGUCCUAGUUCCUUACAUGGUCAAUUCAAACCAGUGGAACUGGAGCCUAAAGACCGGUUGGUUCUAUGCAGGCCUUGGUCUUAUUGGUACUGUGGUCAUGUGGCUCAUGUUUCCUGAGACUAAGGGACGCAGCGCUGCCGAGCUGGACGAGCUCUUCGAGAGCAAAACCAAGGCCUGGAAGUUCAAGUCCACCAAGACGGCUACUCAGCGUCUUACCCAGGAACAGGCUUAA